AUGCAGGCGCUCCGCCGCCCGCUCGCACAGCGCGCGUGCGCGCGCCCCGGCGCCGCUGCCGGCGCUCGUGUCACGCUGGGCGCCGUUCGCUCCGGGCCCUCCGUCCCGCGCGCGGCGUCCCCGCGGUCCGACGCGGCGACCGAGGAGCGAUCCGUCGUCGCGCACCGUGCCGAUCGCGCGCAACGCGCCGCCCCUGAGGUCCACGCUGGCGGCGCCGCGCGCGGGCUUUUGCACAGCCUGGGCGUGAGUGGCAAGGCGGGUUUCGGGGCCGCGGCGGCGCUGGCGCUGGCCCUCGCGGUCGCGGGCCCCGCGCACGCGCUGCCGGGAUCCUUCGAGCUCCCCGGCAUCGUCGGCGACGACCCCGUCCGGGAGGGCUUCGUGUCCGGGCUGCUGCUGAUCCUCUUCGCGGAGCUCGGCGACAAGACGUUCUUCCUCGCGCUGCUGCUCGCGCUGCAAGCCGACAAGCGCGGCGUGUUCCUGGGCACCUUUGGAGCGCUGGCGGUGAUGACGGUCAUCUCCGUCGGCCUCGGCGUCGCGCUGCACUCCUUCGACGACCUCCUCCCGCAGACGGGCAUCCCCUUCGACGACGUCCUCGCCAUCGCGCUGCUCGUGUGGUUCGGGGUCCAGACGCUGUCCGGCGCGGGAGACUUCACGGCCAAGGCCGGGGAGGAGCGCGAGGAGGCCGAGGAGGCGCUCUCGGACGGGAGCCUGGCGUCCAAGGAGUCCCUCGCGCUCAUCGCGUCGACGUUCGUCCUCGUGUUCGCCGCGGAGUGGGGCGACAAGUCCUUCCUCGCCACUAUCGCGCUCGCGGCCGCGUCCUCGCCCGCCGGCGUCAUCGCCGGCGCCGUGACGGGCCACGGCGUCGCCACCGCCAUCGCCGUCGCGGGCGGGUCGGCGCUGUCGCAGGUCGUCUCGGAAAAGGUCGUGGCGUACGUCGGCGGGUCGCUGUUCCUCGUCUUCGCCGCCGCGACGGCGUUCGACCUCGUCACCAGCCUCCCUGCAGCUUGA